UAUCCGUGUACCUGUAAAGUGCUGCAAGUUUCACCCAAACAAGGGUUAAAACCCAGUCAUCUCCGUCACGGACCUCUGUGUAAAGUGCGCCAUCUGAUCAGUUCCAAAUAUAUCUAGACAUACAUAUCACGGCACGAAUGCGAUUGGUUGAACUGCAUACAGUUGUUCCUAAUUGUCUCUCACAUAAUCAACCUAAAAGUAGACUAUAUCUACCUCCAUCUUCCUACCGAGGUCGAAGAUAAACCCAGCAACAAAAGCAAAAAUAUUAAUAUUGACACAAUGUCUUUCUUUAACAAGUUGACCAGUAAGCUCGACGAGCUAAACCUCGGCGGCUCCGAAAAGCCGCGGGAACGGGAAGGAUAUCCAAGCCAUCAAAAUUACCCACCUCCUUCUCAGCAAUACGGCAGCAACCACGGCCGAGAGCCAUAUCCGCCGAACCCGCCAAAUCCGCAAUACGGUGGUGCUGGUGGCUACCCGCCUCAGUACGGGAGCAAUUAUAAUACUCCUCCGCCCGGAAAUUAUAAUAGUCCCCCUCCUGGAAAUUAUAACACCCCUCCACCUGGUAAUUACAAUACCCCUCCGCCGCCUGGUAAUUAUAGCAGCCCCCCGCCGCCUGCUCCAGGUGCCGGCCCUACUUAUGCGCCGCCAUCGGAUAAGCCGCCAAUCCCGGCCGGCUGGAUACCGCAAUUUGACCAGCAGUACCAACGCUGGUAUUACUACGAGCAGGCAACCGGCCGUUCGCAAUGGGAAGCACCAGGUUAUCACGCUGGAGGUGGUCAAACUGGAGGAGACAGAGGAUAUGGAUCACACGGCGAAUCUAACUAUUCAUCUCAUGACGCACCAGGUUAUGGCGCACCGAGUCACGGCUAUCCCCAAGAUUCCCAUGGCUACAGCUCUUCCGGAGGCCACGGUGAACAAAGCGGAUAUGGAUACAGUCACGGGGAUCAAGGUUACGGGAAUCGCCCAGAAGAAGACUACAACAGGCAGGGAGGCGAAGAGAAGAAGAAGAAGAAAAAGGAUCAUAGCGGCCUCCUAAUGGGUGCUGCCGGAGGUCUAGCUGUAGGUGCUAUCGGCGGUGCAUUGAUAGCCAACGCUCUCGACGACUCAGAUGAUGAACAUCAUCAAGCCGCACCGGCUAUAGCCCCGGCUCCGGUCUACGCAGCUCCACCUCCCGCCCCUGUUUACGAGCCAGUCUAUGAACCAGCGUACAAUGCAGAGGGUGAGUAUGUGGAUUCCAGCGACCGAGAGUCUGUACGUUCUGCUCGUGAAGAUUACGAGGAAGCCCUUGCCAAGGCGCAAGAUUCCGACGCCAGCAGUAGCGAUUUCGAAGAGCUCGAAGAGGCCCGGGAGGAGUACCAAGAGGAGUACGAGGAGGCGUAUGAAGAUUAGUAGAUCGUAUCGAUGCUUAGAACCGGCCUUAGGUGUAAAAAUACCUAAGGGGAUGUCUGGGGAUGCGUUAAGAUAGUGAAAUUGCACUUCUCGUGCGGUUUAGGACAAUCACCUAUGCUCCCAUGCUCCUAUUUUAUGACCCUAGUUAAUAACUAAUGAGUGUCUUAGCGUUGAAGAAAGCUUUCUCAA